GUUCAAUGCACUCUAAGGUGCCUCUUUGCAUGAUACCAAGGUCGCCUGCUAUUCAGCAGUAUUGGGACGUCUUGGGUUGUUUCGCUCUAGCAAAACUUGGCUAUCAAAUCUCUCCCAGAAUUCAUACGUACCUCACAAGAACACCGACGCAAGGCCAUGGGACUCUUCGAGCAUAAUCACGAGAAGCGCCCAGCUCAGAGUCAGAAAGAUGGGUCCUUCAGAGGGCUACGGAGAUUUAUUGCCAGUAAAAGCAAGCAGUCACGGAUUGAUUCAGCGACUCCUGCCUCCACAAUUGGCGACCAGACCAGAGAAAAGCGCCAUGAAGUUGACUCAAUCCGCAUCACCCCAAGUAAUAAUCUGAACACAGAUCAUGAGAGAUCUCCCACUGCCAAAUCACUUUGGGACUGCGCAUAUGAAGUCCUUGAGAAGGAAAAUCCUUCCUUGGUAGAGAAGUAUGAGUACCUUCUGUCAGAGGAGGCGAGGACAAACUCUGCAUCCGAUAAUGUCACUCCCCUGCCGACUACGCCACCGGUCGAGCGGUCAACCCGCCGAGCACAACUGGACGCAAUAAUCCAAGAGGGGUUGCGACGCGUUGAAAACAUGAAAACAAAAUACACCAUUGCCGGCCACGAAUUUGUUCUGGGUGAUCAGAUAGCACAGGCCGCAGAUCUGGUGCUGUGGGCGAAAGAAUUGAUUGGUGAGGCAGUUAAGAGCUCAUCAGAAGCCUCUAUCGCGUGGGCUGGUGUUUGCAUCAUUCUUCCACUUCUCACAAACCCCAGGGUCGCAGACGAAGCCAAUCGAGAUGGCUUCACAUAUGUGACUACUCGUAUGCGGUACUACACCGCACUGGAGCCUCUGCUCCUGCGACUUAGCGGGAACGCCGGAGUCACCAGCGCUUUGAUGGAGGAAGCCAACGGCCAGAUUGUGGUCCUCUAUCGGCACAUUCUUGAGUUUCAGAUCCGAAGCGUCUUAAGAUUCUACCAGAGCUGCAUCAAGGGCUAUGUCAAAGACGUCUUUUCGCCAAAUGAUUGGAAGCAGUUGAGAAUCAACAUUGAAAACAUGGACAGAACCGUCAAUGAGAACCUCACCCAGAUGAAUGAGUUGUUGUCAAGGCAAGAGCUUGAGUCUCUCAACGACAAAAGCCAAAAGGCUCUUGAAAUCAUGGACCGAUUGCUACACGUGUUAUUGGAACAGCUGAAGAGCCAAGAACAGUAUCUUCAGUCAUUCCGUCUCACCAGCAGCAGCAAGGAUGCCACAUACGAAUGGUAUAAAGAUCGGGUUGAAGACCGCGUCAAGGGCACCUGCGAGUGGUUCCUACAUCAUCCAAAUUUCCAGACGUGGUUGAAACAAGAUUCGGGCCCAUUAAUGGUCUCAGCAGACCCGGGAUGUGGGAAAUCUGUCUUGGCCAAAUACCUCAUCGAUCAUGACCUUCCGCGCUCCUCCUCAGCAACGAUCUGCUACUUUUUCUUCAAGGAUCAGGACCAGAAUACGGUCAGACAAGCACUUUGUGCUCUUCUUCACCAACUACUCUCCCAGCAGCCACAACUAAUCAAAUAUGUGGCCGAGCAAUUCAAGCAAAACGGCUCGGGCCUAAUUAACUCCACGCACUCACUUUGGACUAUCCUGGAAAAUGCUGUGCAGGACCCCCAAGCCGGAUCCAUAAUUUUGGUCCUCGAUGCCCUGGAUGAAUGCGCCGAAUCAGAGUUGGAGUACCUGAUGAUGAGACUAGAAAGCCAGUUCUGCAGCAAUAAGUCAAUCAGUGGCAAGCUGAAGUAUCUCCUUACUAGUCGCCCGUAUGAGCACAUUGUUUCUAAGUUCCAGAGGCUGUUGGAUAUCUUCCCGUACGUGCGUAUACCGGGAGAAGAAGAAUCCGAAAUCAUUAGUCAAGAGGUCAAUUACGUGAUCAAUCACCGAGUCGAACAACUGGCAAAAGAAAAGAACCUCUCAAAUCACGUCAAAGAUCACCUGGCAAAAGAAUUGCUCAGAGUUCCGCACCGUACGUACCUUUGGGUAUACCUUGCGUUUGAGCAUUUGCACAAAGAACACUUCAAAAAGACAGUUAAAGGGGUCGAUUCCACUAUUGCAACCCUACCGAAGAGUGUCUACCAGGCAUACGAGCAAAUUCUUAGCAAGUCUAAGGAAGACCCUAUGGUUAGGGUAGCCCUGAGCAUCGUUUUAGCGGCAACUCGGCCGCUCACGCUGCUAGAAAUGAACAUUGCGGUGAAUAUAGACGACACGGCGAGAUCUAUCUACGACCUUGACCUCGAAGAAGAAGACGACUUUAAGUCACGUCUUAGGUCUUGGUGUGGUUUAUUCAUCUCAACUCAUCAUGGCAAGAUUUAUUUUCUUCAUCAAACUGCUCGAGAGUUUCUGUUGGCGGAUCUGUCCUCGCCUGCAACGAUCCCGUCAGAGGUACAUUGGCGUCAUUCCAUGACGAUGAAUCAGGCACAUAAUGUUCUUGCAGAGCUCUGUGUGCGAUAUCUUGACUUCUUUAACUUCGAUGACAAGAUUCUAACAGGUAUCAAUGAGGAAGGGGGCCACGGCGUUGAUAGAGAAGCCUUCCUGGACUAUUCGGCCAAGAGUUGGAGUCUACACUUCCGUGAGGCCUCUAUUAAUGAUGGUGCGGCCAUAAUACCUGCCACACUAAGAAUCUGUGAUCCAGGAUCGAAGAGUUACAAGGCGUGGCUUAAACUCUAUUGGAUGACCGCGGGAAUGGAGGGCACUAAGUUCACGGCCCUUCUGCUAUGCUCGCAUUUCGGUCACGAGGCAACUGUCAAGCAUUUACUCGAGCAAGAGGCGGACGUGGAGUUUGCGGACGAGAAGUUCGGCCGAACACCGUUAUCAUGGGCAGCCAUGGGAGGGCAUAAGGCAGUGGUUAAUCAGUUGCUUGAUAAAGAGGCGAACCUGGAGUUAAAGGAUAUUGACGGCCAGACACCGCUAUCAUGGGCAGCUAGGAAUGGGCAUGAAGCAGUGGUUCAGCAGUUGCUUGAUAAAGGGGCGAACCUAGAAUCAAAGGAUAAAGCCGGCUGGACACCGCUAUCAUGGGCAGCUAGGAAUGGGCAUGAAGCAGUGGUUCAGCAGUUGCUUGAUAAAGGGGCGAACCUAGAAUCAAAGGAUAAAGCCGGCUGGACACCGCUAUCAUGGGCGGCCGCAAGAGGGCGUGAGGUAGUGGUUAAGCAGUUACUUGAGAAAGGAGCGAACCCGGAGGCAAAGGAUAAAUGACGACCGAACAGCGCUAUCAUGGGCAGUUGAAGGAGGUUAUGAGGCGGUGAUCAAGCAAUUACGUGAGAAAGAGGCGAGCCUGGAUUCAAAAGAAACUCUUGUGUAGGGCAGGACAUCGGUAUGAUAGACAGCUGUGAAUAGGUAUGAGGCAGUGGCUAAGUCUUCCUUGCAAAGCAUCACAGUCUUCGCACUGUCACUACCGGGGAACUGUCUUGGCUUGUUAGAUCGUAUGCCUCGUAUAUCAAUCUCGACAGGAAACUGCUGUAUUUAAUCAUGG